UAUAUUUAGGGGGUUGAGUACUUUUGGUUAUAAAAUAUUUAUGGUUGCGGGAACAAGUUAAUAAAUAAAGACAUAAAACUUAUAAAAAUGUACCAGGACUUUAAGAACAAAAAAGCAUUCUUAGUUUAAAAAUAAGUUUUACUUUAAAGGUAAUAAUACACUCAUAAAUUCUUGUUAAAAUCCACAGUAACAUAGACAAGUAACAAUAUUAAUAGCCUGUCACAAACUGAUCACAAGCCUUUAUAAAAGACAACACUAUUUAUAAUAACCUAUAUAAACAAACAUUAAGCCCGGGCGCGGUGGCACAUGCCUGUUAUCCCAGCACUUUGGGAGGCUGAAGCGGGAAGAUCACUUGAGACCAGGAGUUCCAGACCAGCCUGACCAACAUGUGAAACCCAGUUUCUACCAAAAAUACAAAAAAUUAGCCGGAUGUGUUGGCACGCGCCUGUAAUCCCAGCUACUUGGGAGGCUGAGGCAGGAGAAACCUUGAACCAAGGAAGCAGAGGCUGCAGUGAGCCGAGAUCAUGCCAUUGUGACAGGAGUGAAACUCCGCCUCAAAAAAUAAUUUUUUUAAAACAGGUGCAUUCCUCCUCUUGCUUUCUGAGGACGCCCUGCUAUGUAGUUGAGUAGUCGCUAAUAAACUACCUUAACUUCACUAUACUCUGUGAUUCGCCAUAAAUUCUUUCCAAUGUGAGAUCCAAAAACCCAUUCUUGGGGUCUGGGACAAGAUCCCUUUUCCGGUGACAAAACUAUACAAAUUCUAGAAUAAAACACAGAAAACUAUGUGACCUUGGGUUUGGUCAUGAGUUUUAACACAUGACACUGUCAGAGGCAUUUAACGCCUCCUUUAUAUGAACUCCAGGGUGGUUUAUGUUCCAUUGGCUAAGAGAAAGUUUUCUUCCAAAAUGUAACAUGAUUUGAGGUCAAACAUUAAUAUCAAGUAAACUCAAAAGAUGGAAAAGAUAGCAUUAGUUCUGGGAAAACCAGAAGUGUGCCUUUUUUGGAAAUAAUCAUCGGUAGCACAAACUUCAGAUUCUGCAAAGGAAAUAAAAAUGAGUUAACUUACAUUUUUCACAAAUUAAGAUAUAAAUCAAGAUAAUGAAAUCCAGAAAUCCAAUCUUACUGCUUUUAAUGUUCAUUAAAAAAAAAAAAGACAUCUUUAUCAAAUAGCCCCAGUAAUAGUCACCAACUAAGUCUUUACUACUUAAAAGCAAAAUCCACCUAUCUCCUGAACAGUAUCCACUUUACAAGCCUCAUUAUACGUACUGGAAACAAGUUUCAGAAAUAAAUAUAGGCAUGUAUAUAUAUAAAAAUAUAUUUCAAAUAAAAAAUACUUUUAGAUAGUGGUAUUACAAUACAUUUAGAAAUUAAUAACGGAAGCAAAUUAUGGGAGAUCAUCCACGCCUGUCCCAAAGGUACCGAAUUUAUAAAUCAUCUCAGAUGCGGUGCAGGACAGGUUGAAAAUAGGAACGCAAUGAACCCGUGCGGAGCAGCGGCCGGCGCGGUGUCCAGGGCAAGACCCUGCCCGGUCCAGGCCCCUCCGGCCCUGGGCCCGACGACUGCUACGCCUCUGACUCCACGCUAACGCGGAGCCCGAGCGCGCGUCACAACGUGUGGGGCCGGGGAGGCUGCUACCCAGAGGCGGAGUGCGGGAUCGCGAGGGUGCCCACCCGCCUCUCGCUCCCGCCGGCACGUACGGACUCGCGUCCCCGCCGGGCGCCGACUAGGCAGCAGCACCGCCCCCGGCACAAGAGGCUCACGCGCCUCUUACCUAACAGGAAGUUGGAAGCAGCGCGCCCCCACGGUGCACUGAACGCACUCAAACAGAACCGGACGCAGACACGCGCUUUCAGCCCAGGGGAAAAACUGGCAGGGUCGGAAAAGCAAGCAGCGCGUGCGGGAGCUCAGAAUGCGCCCUGCCUCGGCCCGAGACCCCGCCCCGGCCCGGCCCCGCCUUUUUGUCUGCCUCACCCCUCCCCGCCCGGCACGUACUGGCCCCGCCCUUCGCGCGGCGUUUUUUGUUGACCCGGAAACGGAUUCUCCGGAGCCAAGGUCCGCUCGGAAUUGUCUUCUUAGUGCUUGGAUGGUGUGAGUGAAAACCCAGAGGAAUACAUUUGGUGGCUGAGCUAGUACAAUGCCAUCACUGGAUUCCAUGACCUUCGAGGAUAUAGUUGUAGACUUCACUCGGGAAGAGUGGGCCCUGCUGGACACAUCCCAGAGAAAGCUGUUUCAAGAUGUGAUGUUGGAGAACAUCAGUCAUCUGGUCUCUAUUGGCAAACGGCUCUGCAAAUCAGUUGUGCUUUCUCAUUUGCAGCAUGUAGAGAAACUUUCAACACAAGGAAUGAGCUUACUGCAAGGUGAGCUCUAAGAAGCAGUGCUCAAUAGGAGGAGGAGAAACAUGGCCAGUGAGUAGAGAAGGUGACAUUAAACAUCAAGAGAUACCAUUCAUUCAACAUACCUAUCAGAAGGGCACAUCCACCAUCAGCACAAUGGUAGAGAUCUCAUACUCAAGAGGAUCCUUUUCUAUGUAAUGAUUUAGGAGAAGAUGUCACUGAACAUACAGCAUUGACUCAAAAUGUGAUUACUUACAUGAGAAAGAAACACUUUGUAAGCAAAAAGUUUGGAAAAACCUUCAGUGACUGGGUACAACACAAGGAAAUUCACACCAGAUGUAAAUCAGAUGAAGGUCAUCUAUUUGAUUAUGCCUUUAUCCAAAACUCUGCCCUUAGACCACACAAUGUGACUCACACUAGAGUGAUAACAUUGGAAUGUCAUGUGUGUGGGAAAACCUUCAGCAAAAAUUCUAAUCUUAGGCGACAUGAGAUGAUUCACACUGGAGAGAAACCACACGGAUGUCAUCUAUGUGGGAAAGCCUUUACUCAUUGCUCUGAUCUUCGAAAACAUGAGAGAACUCACACUGGAGAGAAGCCAUAUGGAUGUCAUCUAUGUGGGAAAGCCUUCAGUAAAAGUUCUAACCUUAGACGACAUGAGAUGAUUCACACUAGAGAGAAAGCACAGGUAUGCCAUCUAUGUGGGAAAGCCUUCACUCAUUGCUCUGACCUUAGAAAACAUGAGCGAACUCACUUAGGAGAUAAACCAUAUGGAUGCCAUCUAUGUGGGAAGGCUUUCAGUAAAUGUUCUUACCUUAGACAACAUGAAAGAACUCACAAUGGAGAGAAACCAUAUGAAUGUCAUCUAUGUGGAAAAGCCUUCUCUCAUUGUUCUCACCUUAGACAACAUGAGCGAAGUCACAAUGGAGAGAAACCACAUGGAUGUCAUCUAUGUGGGAAAGCCUUCACUGAAUCUUCUGUGCUUAAACGACAUGAGAGAAUUCACACUGGGGAGAAACCAUACGAGUGUCAUGUAUGUGGGAAAGCCUUCACUGAAUCUUCUGACCUUAGACGACAUGAGAGAACUCACACUGGAGAAAAACCAUAUGAAUGCCACCUAUGUGGAAAGGCCUUCAAUCACUCUUCUGUCCUUAGACGACAUGAGAGAACUCACACGGGAGAGAAACCAUAUGAAUGCAAUAUAUGUGGUAAAGCCUUCAAUAGAAGUUAUAACUUUAGACUUCAUAAAAGAGUUCACACUGGAGAGAAACCAUAUGUAUGUCUUCUAUGUGGAAAAGCCUUUAGUAAAUUUUUUAACCUUAGACAACAUGAGAGAACUCACACUAAAAAAGUAAUGAAUAUGUAAGAGUCAUCAACCAUAGCGUUAACACUAAAUACACCCAAGGACUGACAUACUACAGGAACAUUUAUCUGUAAUCAGUGUGGAAAAGCCUUUAUUUGUAAUCACCACUUUGCUCAACCUAAAUGAAUCCAAAGUAGGGAGAAUCCAUAUGUAUUUAAGCUGUAUGGCACAAACUAUGAGAGAAUGAAACUAUAGAUCAAAGGAAUGUGGAGGAGUCUUCAUCCAAAGCUCUAACUGUUAAACAAACAGGAGAAAUCACAUCACAAAAAUUCUGUACCUGUCGUCAAUGUGAAAAUGCCAUCCUUUAAACAAAUGAGUAAAAUCGACAGGCGAGCAACCAUACGUCUGUAAUUGCUGUGCACUGUCAUUCAGCUAAGCACCAGUUUUGGUGUCUGCAAGAAAAUUCAUUAUCAGAUAACUGAUAAAAACAGGAAAUUUGUGAAAAUAUUUUUAUUAGGUGGAUGAAGCCUCUUGCACAAUUCCAGAAAUUCAUAGUAGAGAAAUUAUUCAGUGAGAAAUCAUUUUCUUAAUACAGCAGCACUUCUAUAAUAGAUCAGAAUUCACAUGGUGUAGAACGCUCAGUGACAUGAAUGGAGGGCAGUCCUCAGUAAAUUACUCAUUCCUUAGUCAAUACCAGCAUUUUUCCACUGAGAAAACAAUCUUGACAUGAUAGUAGAAGAACCUUUAGGCAGCUUUCCUGUCAAAAAAGACAGGGAAGAAAACUCUAAAAAGCCAUUGAGAUGUAUAGCUGGGGGACAAGACAUAAAGCCAUCAAGCACAUGCUUGAGAAAAAAAAUUAUGGUUUUGAGCAGACUUUCUACUUAAAAUAUGUGGGAUGAAAUGUACAAUUCUGAAAUAACCUGGGAAUAUUGAAUGCAGAAUUGUGUAAGAAGUAAUAAGAUUAAAUUAGUACUGUCAAAAAUGCAAGCAUUAAAUGUCGUUGCUGAAUAAUAGGUUGAUUAAACUCCAAUUUUUUUGUUGUU